AUGGUGGAAAUUCGACUAAGGCACUUGGCUAUUGCUGCCGUUUUCUGCACAGUUGUCUACUAUGCGGACGCGCAAGGCCUAAACGACCCAAUCACACAAUACAUCGAAGGAAGGUUGGGAAAUCGACGAAUCUUCUGGUGCCCAUCGGGAUACGGAUACCUCGCAUUCUGCCCGCAACCAACCGACUGGGACAACUAUAAUUGGUGUUGUACAUUCCCGUACAUGGGAUCAUGGAAACCGUCUUGCUGUCAAUUCGCCAUCCCAACUGGAGCUGUCGUCGCAAUUAUUCUGGCGGCGAUCGUCUUGUUGUUAGUGCUCAUCGCCAUGUCAUGCUGGUGUUGCUGGUGUUGUCCGCUGUACAAGCAGCUGUACGAUUUCGAGGAUGAGUAG